AUGAGGCCAUCAGUCGAGGACUUUGGGCUAUCAUCGAAUGAAUACUUGCGACUUGUCGCCAGUGAUCAUGCUCCCGGUCCGGGUCUGUCAGUGGAAGCCAGCAAGUACACGUUGCUUAGCCCCGAUCGAUUAUGGCAGAUGGAGAGUAAGUUAUCAAGUUUUGCGAUGGGUCUCCAUCUGCAGCUUGGUCUAAGUCCAGUAGCUCCACGGUAUGAACUUGACGCUCAGAGCAACUCGAAUAUUCCUCAUCCGCAUGAGCUAAUAUUAGAGAUAAUUAACAGUGAAGCUGCUGUUUACUAUCCUUCUUAUCGCGAUACGGCCAGAUUUCCAGCGCACAAGUGCGAUCUGGAAACAGCAUUCAAGAAGAUUCGACCUUCUCUGGACCGGCAGCUUAACGGCAGUUCUUCUCGAAGCGAGGUGGCCGGCUGCGCCCAGGAACGCCAGUGA